CCUACUUAGGCAACCGUAGAAGCAGGGCCUAAUACUCUGCCGUGCUCUCUCUCUCCGGCGUUUGGAGGCACAUUCUCUCUCUCUACACCGUCCCUAAGCUUCCGUUGUAUCUCAGUUAAACACAUGCUCUCUCUCCCAUUCUCCUCCUCAUUUUGCUCUAACUGACACAACGUAAUCCGAACCCUAGAUUUAUUUGCACCCUGCGUGAGCCGUGGCCAACUCUUGUUGCAGCAAGUUUGUUUGAGGCAAAGAUAUAAUAAUAUAAAAAAAUGGUUAAAGAUGAUGUCGAAAUUGAGGAUGCUGUAAAGAAGGAUCGUGAUUCGGAAAACAAUAUUGAAGAGUUAGAUAGUAAAGCUCUUGAUUCUAAGAAUGAAACCACCAGGGCAGAAGGAGAAAAAUUGCCAUUCCUUGUUACUGAUGCAGAGAAUGCAAAUAAAAGUGAUGGUAUUGGUCAAUGCUUAAACGAAUUGAAAAAAGAAGCUGAAGACGUCAUGGUGAACGAGAUGAAAGCCAAAAUUGAUCCUCAAACUGAGACGAAAGAGUCAAUUACUGUCAAGGGAUCAACUGGUGAACUAAUGGAUUCUUUUGCUAUGAAUGAUGAGAAAAGUAGCACAAAAAAUAAUGUUGAUGAACAAGCACUGGAUAAACAAAGUGAUGCUAAGAGUGAAAUGGUUGAACAAAAUGCCUCUAUCUGUGGGGUGGAAAAAGAUGAGAAAUCAACUGAGAAUGUUGUUGAAGUUGCAAAUCCUGUAGAAAAUGCGUUGGAGGCAAAUGCCGGUGGAGAUGUUUCGGUAGAAAAGCAUGAAGAUGGUGAAGGCACAGAUCCAAAUGCUGGCACUGGAAGUGAUAAAAAUAUGCUAGUUCCAGUUGACGUACCUCCAAAUGAAGCUCCUUCAAGUGGAAAUGCUGAAUUAGAUAAAGCUAUGACUGGUGGGAACCAAGAAAUGGAGGAUGCUUCUGACCUCAACGAGGAAAAAACAACUAAUGAUGAGCUGAAAGACCAGGGCAAAGAAAUACUUCUGAAAAGUCCUAUGGCUGUUGAGAAUACUAAAACUAUUGAGACUGCAGCCGAACAUAAAAGUGAUCAUCCUUCACUGCCAGUCAAGCAUGAAUCUGCCACGCCAAGUUCCCUUGUCAGAUAUUCGCCUGCGAGAGCUGGGGACCAAAGUGGAGAAACAAUCAGUACUGUUUUUACUCCUGCAGCAUUGCCUCUGAUGGCAGAGGAUGACAAUGGAACACCUGAGGAGCAAGCAGCAUUCAUGAAGAUGAUUGAAAGUUUCUAUCGUGAAAGGGCUACAGAUUUUAAGCAGCCGAAAUUUUAUGGGCAGCCACUCAAUUGUCUAAAGUUAUGGAGAGCCGUGAUAAGAUUGGGAGGCUAUGACAGGGUAACUGGAUCCAAGUUGUGGCGGCAGGUGGGAGAGUCAUUUCAUCCACCGAAGACUUGUACAACAGUUUCAUGGACGUUUCGCAUUUUCUACGAGAAGUCUCUUCUGGAAUAUGAAAAGCAUAAGAUACAGAGCGGUGAGCUUGAACUUCCAGUAGAUGCGUUAAAUGAAGCUUCUGGUGCUGAUACUGAGGUGGGCAAUGGCUUUCAAGGAGCAGGAUCGGGAAGGGCUAGAAGAGAUUCUGCUGCUCGUGCUAUGCAGGGUUGGCAUGUCCAACGCCUUUUUGACAAUGGAGAGGUUGGUGAACCUGACAAGGGCAUAAGCAACACGACAAAGCGUGAGAAAAUCGUCAAAGCCAUUGGUAGUUUAGUUUUUGAACGUCUUGAUUUAGGUCCACUCAAGCAUAAGAGACCAAGCGAAGUGGAGAACCCUGCCAAGGCCACUCGAGUUGAGGCAUCAAAACAGCUGGCGACAACAGUUGUUGAUGUUGGACCUCCAGCUGAUUGGGUAAAGAUCAAUGUUCGCCAAACGAAAGAUUCUUUUGAGGUUUAUGCUCUAGUCCCGGGGCUUCUACGUGAAGAGGUCCGAGUUCAAUCCGAUCCUGCUGGACGUUUAGUAAUAACAGGUCAGCCCGAGCAAGUUGAUAACCCUUGGGGAAUUACACCUUUCAAAAAGGUAAUCAGCCUACCUUCAAGGAUCGACCCACUCCAGACUUCUGCUGUGGUUAGCCUGCACGGACGUCUUUUUGUCCGUGUCCCCCUUGAACAGUCAAAUAGCUAACUGUACCCUUCUCCAUAUUUCAUCUUUUGUUUGCUUUCAAAGACCUGUCAUAAAAGCAGGUGAAUAUGUGUUAGCUUUUUUUGUUUAAGCGGUUUCUAGGUCUGUGAAUACUAGUUUUGAUGGAAUUACAUGUAAGACUGAUUUUUAUUUGUUUAUUUAUUUAUUUUUUUUUUUUUCUGGAUUGGGUCUGUUAGAGGUCUUAAUGAGU